GUCUUCACCUAAAGGGUUGACAGAUACCAACCAACCAAUGGUUUUUAAUUGGUUAGCCAACUGACUGGAAUGUAUCUACUUUAUUUCUCUAGAUUUGGACUAGAUGAUGGGGAUUUAAAGGUCUAGUUAGAACAGGGGUGGGGCAGUGCACCCUGCUUUCUGGGCGGUCUGGGGGGCCCACAAUGGGGUCUCUUGCAGAUUCCAAUUCCUUAUGAUUCCUUAUGACAAACCUCCUCCCCCCUCCCCUCCGCUUCCCGCCAGGUGCUUGCGACAUUGGGUCUCUCAUAUGUUACUUUAGUCGCCACCCUUUUUUAUAAUAAGUUAUAAAGAAUGUUAAAUUUCUUGAAAUUUUCUGUUCAAAUUUCAUUUCCAAAAUAAAAAAAUGAAUUAUUUAAAAUUUGUUUAUUCUGACCGGCCGUUUAUCUUCUUUGGGUUCAUGUGAUCCAGAGUAAAAUCCUACUUUCUACUGUUUACAGCAGUGUGCUCCGAAUCCGAACCUUUUUUAUUUCCUGAUUUCGGUCUUGAGAUGCCAUAGCCCAGAAGUAACCUAAAUUCACAAAAUGAGACUGUCCUGUUGCUCUAAUAUAAUCAAUUAAACUUUACAUAUUUUUCAUUUUUAGAUUUAAAGUGCUGUGUACUCACGAUGUAUCCUAAACUGUUUAGUAAGCCUAUUAAUCUUACCUUAAUUACCAAGCCUUCAGAGUUCUUUAAUCUUUCGCUUCCUCCUGCUACUCAACAGCUGAUUAAAGAUAAACUUCCUAAUUCUGGAUUUGCUGUCUUCAGACCUCUAGACGAAAACUAUUCAUUACUAGUUCUCAAGCCUGAGUAUUUAAACAAUACAAAAAUCAUCAAGGACUUCAUUGGGUUUGCAGUUGAUCAGCCAACUAAUGAAGAUUUACCUCAGCUCAAAUCUAUUCUUCGGAAUCAUGAUAUUCAGUUCAGCUCUAGCUUCAGGAAUAUCUUUGAAUGUGCAAUAGCUGUGAACAUUGAAGCUUUCCAGAGAAAACUGUUAAAAGUAAAGUCGAAGGCCCGAGAACCUGAAUCUGUAUCCAGGAACCCAGAAAUUCCCCCUGAAUCCAGUAAUAAAGAUUUGUCUUCUGAAUCAAAAAUUAUAGAUUUAACACCACAGUUGGUUUCUGUAGCCCUAACUGCAGAAUCAAACAACAAAGAUCUGGCAUCGGAAUCCUCCAUUAAAGAACAUAUUUCUGAAUCCAGUAGGAAAGAUUUUAAAGCUGAAUCUGCUCUAAAAAAUCCUGAAUUCAAUGAACACACUAACAAUGAAACUAGUAGGAUAGGGCAAGAACAUUGUCUGCAACCAGAUCAUACUUUGCUACCAACUCUUAGUAGACUACGAGAUUCAACUUUGCUACAAGAUGCACCUCAUAAGCCAGAUCAAACUCAGAUACCAGAUAAAACUCUGUCACUAGAUCAAACCCUGGAACCAGAUCCCACUAUGUUACCAGGUGCUACUCCAAUACCAGACCAAACCCUACUACCAGAUCCGACCUUGAGGAAAGACUUAUUUCAUGAAAAAUCUUUGCUUGAAUAUCCAAUAACUUCUCCAGAUCCUUCUUCCGCCAGAAUAAUAAAACCUCCCAGAUCUAAUGUAUUAGAGAAAUCUUCAACUGCCAUUUUACCCCAACCAGAACCGGUACCUGAGCUAGAACCUAGUAAACUCUCAACCAGUGAGAAAGCUGUAAUAGCAGUUUCUCUCGGACAGGAAUGUUCAGAUCUGAAUUCCAAGGAUUUGUCUGAGCCUCCAAUUGAUAAACUUUCCACCAGUGAAAAAGCUCUCGUGUUAAGCACAAGUUUAGGUUUAGAAAAAGAAAAUACUACCAAGAGACCUGAUGCUGCAACAACAGAUGAAUCUAACAUUUCGAAUGAUAAGUUUGAGCUUCCUAUAGAUUUUCCUCCGCCUGCAAGUGUACAAGUGUUAAAGGUUGUUCCUGCUAAGCUGCGCCGCAAACAGAAUAAUGUUUCAACUGAUUCUGAAUCAUCUGAAUUUGUGCCUGUCAAAGAAAAGACUGAGAAUCCAGAGGUGCCAGAUUUUGAGCCUCCUCCUAGUGUGCAAAUAGUUGGGGAGGUCAUGCAUAACCCUGAGUACGAGGAACCCCCUGUAUCUCCUCCACGAUGUGAACUUAAUAUCAAUCUAGUGGAAACAAACAGUCAGCAAGAAGAAGUUGUAACAAACCAAGAUCCUACUGUACCCCCCCUUUAUGAGCCCGUUCUAAUCGACACAUUAAGAACUCGUCAACUGAAUAAACAAAACAGAAUUAUAAGAAAACCACAGACAAAUCUACAUGCUUCUCAAAAUCCCCUGCAAGAAUCUGAAUCAAAUUCCCAGUUUUUCCCCCCCGCUCAUGAACAACCUCAAUACCAACAGAAUUCUCAGUUUAAUCCUAAUAUUGCGCCUUUUGCAAAUUUUCAUUCCCAACCAUAUUCUCAGUCUAGCCGUUUACCUCAUCCUUAUCUGAACCCAAUAAGGCCGCCUUAUCCUCAACCUUAUUUCCAUCAACAAGGGAAUGCUUUUUCUCAACCGCAUCCUCAAUCAUAUCCACAACAAUUCCGACAGCCUCAACCACUACCAGAACUUCGUUCUCACCUUUUAAGUCACUCAAACAGACAAGUUCAACCAAAAUCCCAGAAUCAACAACAUCCGCAACCUCAGUGUCUUCCCAACCGUCCACAUCUUCAAGCUCAGUCAACUCCAUGCCAUCAGUCUCAUCUACAACCCCAUCCUUAUUCACAAGUUCAACAGCACAGACAUCCCCAUCAGGCGUCUCAACAACCUCUGUCUCAUUUACAAGUUCCACACCAGCCACAACCUCAACCUUAUUUACAGUUUCAACCUCAAGCUCAACCCCAUUCGAAACAUCAGUCUUACCUACUAACAAAUCAAGCUCAGCAGCAGCAGAUACCAGCGCGACCUGUAAACAGGCGUCCAUCUCAUCCACCUCCCCCCCCUUAUCUACAUGCUCAACAGCAGGGACAAGGACAUCCUUAUUCGCACCAUCAGUCUGAUCCAAAUCUACAAGAGCUGUUACAAUCCCAGCCUAUUCCACACCAGCAGUCUCAUCAGUACCUACCUCAUUCCGAACAUUAUAGUACAAUGGCAUCAACAUCGCAUUCAGUCCAAACAAUACAUAGCUCAGUGCCUUCUCAGAGUUCAGGAUUUUAUCAGCAUUUAAAUGAAGCUUUUCCACCCCAGCAGUCUGUGAAUCAGAUGAGUGCUCCUGGAGUUGGAGGAAGAAUGAACAACCAAUUAGGAUACCCACAUAAAUCUAGUAUACGGAAUCCGGCUCCACCACCACUACCACAACCACAACCACAACAACAGCAACAACAACAAAACUUUUCCUCGGUUCAGCAACAGAGUUGGGGGAAUCUGCCAAUAGUUGAAGGUCAAAUACAGGGUAUUCAGGCACAAGUCCCGGUACCAACAAGAGGGGGUCAAUAUCAAUCAGGGGGGUAUACUGCUCAGCACCCCACUCCAAUCCCUAACUAUUCAUCUCCAGUAUCAUCAAAGCCUUUGGUUUCAACUGCUCAAUCUAGUCCUGUAACCUUGCAAACCAUGAAAUCCCAUGAAUUCUCUGAUGAAGAGAGAAUGCGGAUUUCUAUAGAACAGCAAACUAGACAGCGUGAACUCCAACAGUUACAAGCAAAUAAAGGUUUACACAGACAACCUCCAACCAUCAGCCAAGCAGAUCAUUGCACUGAAACUCAAGCAACUUGUCGGCUGUUAUGGCCGGAGAGUGUUGAGGUUCUUGAGCCUCUUUCUAUUCUGAAAAGUACUGCUAUUAAUUUAGAACUAGCAAAAGAAACUGUAAGGGAUCUAUAUAAAUUUUGUGUAAAUCUUACUCAGUCAAAAAUUAAUGCUUUGUUAAACCUUCUGAAAGGUGAAAUCAGUGUGAAUCAAUUCCGUUUAGAAUUGAUGGCGAACUCCACCUCGUUCAAAUAUUUUCAUUGGUUCAGAUUUUAUCUGAAAACUGGUAAUGUUUCUCUUACGGAAAUACAUGAAACCUUCAAUAGCAGUAUUCGUUUCAUCAAGUUCCCAGCAAACCCAUUCAUAUGCUUAUCUAAAGAUCCAAACCCAUUUAAGCAAAUUCUGGAGAUCUGUAUGAAAAGAAAUCCUACGGUGGAAACUUGGAAGUUAUUGUUGCAGCUUCUAGUGUGGAACUUGACAUUAAAAGAUUUUGUUGAAAAAAUGCCAUCAGAUAUGUCGAUAUCAGAAGGCUUAGAACAGAAGUUUACCAGCUUUUUGUUAUUUUUACAUGAUUUGGAGGAUAAAGAAACGUAUUUAAAAGAUCUGGUAAGUUUUUUGAAUAAGUUGAGUUUGGGCGAUAAGGGCAGUAUGGACGUGAAAAACAAUAUGAAGGAGUCAGAUUACAUUCUUGUAAAAGGAAAUAAUCCUGUUAAUACAAACAAUCCAACACAACCAGAUAAUAUAUCCAUUAACAACUUGAUAGCUCCGUCUACAAGCUCCAGUAGUGUAGAGGAAACUAGACGGUUGACUUUAGAUAAUCCGGGUUCUCAAGAUGAAGCUGAAGGAUUGAAUAGAGAGGAUAUCUUAAAUACACCUCCUCCAAUCAAUCCAGUUCCUCAACUGAGAAUGAUAAUAGAUAACUCCGAUCUAGUAUCUCACUCCAAAAGAACCUCAAUACCUCCGCAUAUUCAGGAACAGACUUCAGAUAUAAAUCUUGGUGGGAAUGUGCCAGUAUUGGAAUCUCCAGAUAGCACCUGGAACCCUGUUAGGAAACCUCUUCUCCAGAAUCCUAAACCAGCGAAUAUUAAACAUCAGGAGGAAAAGAAAGCUGAUAUUAGGAUUAAAGCAGGGAGGGGAAGAGGACAGAAAACUGGACGUCAAGGAUUGAUUUUAGAGAGUAAAGGAAAAAGAGGACGUGGUCGGUCCAAAUUACCUACUACUGCGGACAGUAAUAAUACAAAUUAUCAAAUACCAACGACUAUUAUUAAUAAUACCAAGCGACCAAUACAGCCGAGGCCAGUGCCUGAACUUUUGAAGGUUGGUAAACCUACGUCCGAUAGUUCGGAGAAAAUAAGCUCAGAUUCACAUCAUUUCACUGAAAUUAUCAAGAGAAGAGUUAACCAAGCUAGCAAUGACCUACAAGAUUAUCACAAUUUUCGUGCUUGUUUUAUUCAGUUUAUUAACAAUGAAAUAAGUGGAGAUGAAUUGAUAAGUAAAGCCUCUUGGAACGGAAUCAGUAAAACAUAUUUAGAGGAGAAGAAAUCUUCCCUCCAAUCUGCAUUGUUUAGCACAACCCCUUGGAUAUUCCCUCAUGAUAUAUUUAAUGAUCCUGAGGUUAAAGUUGAUCAUACUUCAAGAAAGCUUUAUAUCUUCAUAGUCAAUUCCAUCCAACAUACACCAACUGAGUUUAGACCUAGACCUAUUACUUCUGCAGAGAAUCUGGAAUGUUCUUCAUUCUUCAGGAUUAAGGUUAUUGAUAACAAUAUACCUCAGGAGUACACCUGUAUAGUUGCUGAGCAGUCAACUAUCCUUAUAUUCCUGCGACAAAGUGAACUACCUGACCCUGAGUUUGCUGUGAGUAUGACACGAUAUAGGGAGGAUACUGCCAAACUAUUUAUACCAAACAAGAAGAAAGUCAAUGAUGAUAUCGUACACGCUAAGAUUGUUCAGGAUUUGACUGGUUUUAAACAGGAUUUUUUAAAUGUUCUUAAUAUAUCUUCAAGAGACUGUAUAAUCACCCUGGAAAAUUUUGUCUGGCUAUUUUCUGAGUAUGAAAGAACUUGUGGACACGCCCUGAUGAUGCAGUAUGUUACCUCACCCCCGGAGCAGGUUCGCAUCAAGCUUAUCAGUAUAUGCUCGGAGCUUGAUGAAGAUAUUCUUUUAAAUGUGUUUAAACUUCAAAAUAAAACAACCAGGUUGGGAUUCACUUUGAUAGUGUUUGCGAAAAGGAUUAUUUUAGUGCAUGAUCCAGAUAUGAUCCUUAAAGAUUUUGGUUACGGUAAAGGAUUUGAGUUAAAAACCCACUUGAGAAAUGGAACCCUGUUUGUAACUGUAGGUUCCUUAAGCUUAGCUCUAACUGUAGAGGUCGUGGCAGAGGAAUCCAGGUUUCUGGAGUUAUUAGAGAAGAAUCAAGGACUAGCAGUGGACCGAGAGUCUAAGUUAAUAGAUUAUUUAAAGGACUGUGAACCUAAAGUUGAGCCUCUGAAGUUUUCCGAGAGAAGUGUGGAUUGUAUAGCUAGAGCUUACAUCAAAGCAAAUAAGAAACCAAUUCCUGUAAUUAUGAUCUAUCUCACCCCUAUCAAGGCAUGUACAAGAAGAGCUCAGAUCCUAGGUUACAAUUGCCAGAAUUCAAUUCUCAAGUUUGAUGUCAUAAUUGUGAAGAAUGAUGAAGGUAUGAAGUUUUUGGCUGAGAAAGGUGCUCUCUUGCUAGAGGAGAACAUUCAUUUGAUAAAAACUACAGAUUUAUCAAUUCUCAGGUAUAUGUACAAGCCUUCUUCAUGUUUGUUUCUCCAGAUCAAGACGGAUAUAUUCCAACCCAGAAACAUCAUAGAUGGAGACCUUUGCACUUCUCAAGUAAGAUUAGAACAGUUGAGACCCAGAGAAGAAUUUAUUAUGUUUUGGGAACCCAUCGCAGCCAAGGAAACCUUUGUAAUUCCGAAAAACUUUCCUGAUAUAUCUCAUCCGGAAUUCCUUAAAACCAUCAUCAGUUCUCCACUCUCUAGCUCCUCUGGCAGCCCUAGACAAUCAAAUUCUGCCAAAAAUUCUCCAACACAAUUGCUAUCAUCAAAAUCUCCUAAAAAAGAAUCCAACGGGUUUCCUAACAGUACUGCAGGGUCACCAUCUCUAAGACCUGGAAACAGUCCCAGAAAGUCUCCAAAACAAGGAACUAGUCCUAAAGGGGGUUCUAGUCAAAAAGUAAGUUUAAGAGGAGAAACCAUAGAAUCUCUUAGAAAAGCACUCCAUGAAGAACAGAAGAAAAUAUUAAACUCAGUUCCUCAAAACAGAAAGUUAGAUUUAAUGGACAAAGGUCUUCCAACGGUACCUGAUAAUAUUCCCACACCAAUCCAGUCUUUAUCUCAAGGAAACAUAAAGUUAAGGUUUCCAGAAGAAAGUUCUGAAAAGUCUCCAAUAAUAUCUGGACAACCUGAGCAGUGCACCAAUCUUUCAUCUACUGUCUCAACAAUUCCAAUCACUGAACCACAGUCAAGCAUUUCAUAUACACAACAGCGUUGUUCUCAAUCACCACAAACACUUCCAGUGACUGAUUGUAUUCAGGAGACUCAAGACCUUGCAGCUGAACUGGGAAUCAGGCUUGAAUCCCCUUCUGACAUGAAAAAAGGUCAAAAUAUAGUGUUACGAAGAGUGGAUGAAAAUAAUCCUUUCAAAUUCAGAUUGUCAAAAAGUGACCUGAACUUGUCUACAAAUUCCUUAUUGGAUUCACCCUCCAGCUCAGAACCUGAAGAUGAUGCUGCCUUUCAUAAUGAUUCAGCUGUGGUAGAUGAUAUUGGCCUGCACAAUGAUUCAGCUACUGAAGAUGAUAGUGCUUUGCACAACGAUUCAGCUACUGUAGAUGAUAGUGCCCUUCACAAUGAUUCGGUAAUUGAAGAUCAUAGUGCCUUGCCCAGCGAUUUAGCUACUGAAGAUGUCAGUGCCCUGCGUAAAGAUGCGGUUUCUGUAGAGGAUGCACCUGCAAAUGACAGUUCCGAUACCUCUGAACAAAUAGCAUUAGAAAAGUCACCUUUUAUGCAUGCGAGUCUUCCAGCUAAAGAUAUAUCUAUGAGUGAAUGUGCAAUAAGUAAUGUCAGUUCUAAGAACCCCGAGAUUCCGAUAAAAAGUACAACAGGCCCCUCUUUAAAUUUCAGAAAAGAAGAUUUGAAGCGUAAAUCUAAUGUACUAGAAGAAACGAAUAGUAGUGUAGACGAUAACAAGGAAAACAAGAGCUCGAGAAGGAAAAAACGACGUGGAGAGGAUCCACUGGAAGAGAAAAAGCCUCCUCCUGUAGACUUGUUAGACGAUCAGGAGGUUAUCGAUCUGUAUAAAGAUGAUGAAGAUCGUCUCCAGGAUAUUCCAGGAGUAGACGAAUAUGUUUCCAGGAAAAUUAUCAAAUUCAGAGCAGACUACAAGGACUUCUAUGAGUUUAAAUCCGGGUUGAGAAGUUUUAUCCUUGUAUGCUCUGAUAUUCAACACGAGGUUGGAGGACUAGCUAGAGGGGAUCUACUCCUAGCCUAUAAAGGAAAAUUAUUUGACUCUGAAACCCUUGGAAAAUCAGUGAAGAGUUUAAGGGACAAACUGCAUAAGGAUAUUAGUAUUCAACCUUUAAAAGGUAUACCUGUUUCUGUUCAAAUCAUGCUUCUAGGUGUUUUCUCUCACAAGGAGUUUAAAGAUUACUAUCUGAAGAACCAACGAAAAGAUAAGAUUACAAAACCCUGGGUACUGGCAGUAAGUAAACUCAUCGAAAACUCAGGGCUUAGAAUAGAUGAAUUCUUUAGCAAAAUACAAACACGAAGAUCAAACAAUAAAACCGAGAAGAAAAAGUCUUCUAAAGAAAAGAAAUCGACCGAGGAGCGGAAAGAACGUAAAAGAAAAAGCUCUGAAAAAGAAAACGAGAAAAGAGAAAAUAAAAGAGUGAAAAUAAAUGAUGAUAUUUCAUCUUCACUGUCUGCAAAAAGCAGCGCUAACUCUGGCACCACGGAAAAGGUCUUGAAUCAAUCCAAGACAAGUGGCGAAAACCAGCAUUCGGAGGAACCAAAGCGUAAGCAACCUAUAAAUAUCAUGCUUGAGAAGAAAAUUCUAGAUGGCAAUAUACUACCAGGGACUAGUAAUUCCGUAAACCCGGAGAAUAGUAUCAAACCUUCGGAGAAGUCUUUGGAACCCAGCAGGUGGCGUAGUAAUGAAAUUAUUCUGACAGAACCUGGCUCCGAUGAUUCCCAUGAUUUCUACAAUUCUGAUGAUAACGAAAACACGGCAAACUAUGAAAACUCGGAUCAGGAAUGUGAAAUUCGAACCAAUGGAAAAGCUUCCAGUCUUUCAAAUAUGUCUGGUCGUGAAGGAAUUUUUCAGGAAGAUAAUUUUCAGUCUUUGCCUGAAUGUUCUCCGAACUCUAGUAAUAAUCCUGCGAAAAAAUCAUCUGUGACAUUUGAGAUUAGUUCAACAAGACCUAAUAUUCCAGGGAUAUUAAAGAAAUCUACCCAAGGAUCAGUCUCUAAACCGGAAACAUUAUCAAACCCUGUACCUGGAGUAUCCAAGGUUUCAUCUUGGCUAACAAAUGAAAUGGCUGAUGUUGGUGAUCAUUAUCCUGAGAUACAGGAUCAAACGCCAGCAUUAACAUCAAGGAAACUAAAUUUUUGGGGGUAUAAUGUAAAUAUGAGAGAAGCUUAUGUAUCAGUUGCUCGGUUAAAGAAGUUUUCUAAUCCGAACCCAACAAGUAUCCGUCCUAACCAAACAUACACUGUGGAGAGAACUUGUGAACCCCCUCCUCCGAGCCAGUUCCCCUCUUAUGAACAGCUCCUGCUAGAGAAAUCAAUCCGAGAUGAGUCCAGGAUGAAGGAACAGGGUUGGAGAAGUAAUACCUUUUGUAACCUCUGCAAUAUACAGUUCCAGACGGAUUCUGAAAUAAUAACCCACGUGGAGCAACAACAUGGUGCCUCAUCUCCAUCCUACUCAUCUGUCUUCAGCUGUAGCCAGUGCUCUAAUACGUACUCCUCACAGCAUAGAGCUAAUCUUCAUUUUUUAAAGAAACAUUUUACAAAAUAGAGAUGUGUCUGCAGACUGUAUGCCCUGUGCCUUGUAUUCUAUAGAUCUCUUCAAACACUAUAUUUGAUAUUCAUAUUAUGUAGAAUAUUUUAAUUUCUAAUUUACAUACUAAAUAGUUUUGUUAUUUUUUUAA